AUGUUCAUCCAGACGGAGCCGACGCCCAACCCGCUGAGCGUCAAGUUCCUCCCGGGGCGCGCCGUGCUGGACGACCGCUUCACGACGGGCGUGGACUUUACGCCCAACUCGGAGGAGGUGCGCCGCUCGCCGCUGGCCAAGAAGAUGUUCCAGAUCGAGGGCGUGACGCGCGUGUUCUUCGGCAAGGACUUCAUCUCGGUCACCAAGACGGAGGACGAGGACUGGGACGCGUUGAAUGCCGAGAUCUUCGCGACGAUCAUGGACUUCUUCGCGUCCGACGAGGAAGUCAUGUCUGAUGAGCCCAUCGUCACGGACACGACGAUCCUGCCGGAGGACGACGAGGUGGUGGCCAUGAUCAAGGAGCUGCUGGAGCAGCGCAUCCGGCCGUCGGUGCAGGACGACGGAGGCGACAUUUUCUACAAGGGCUUUGACGAGAAGACGGGGCUCGUGCAGGUCCAGCUGGCAGGCUCUUGCGCAGGCUGCCCGAGCUCCUCGGUCACGCUGAAGCACGGCGUGGAGAACAUGCUGAAGCACUACAUCCCGGAGGUGCGCGGCAUCGAGGAGUGGGUCGACGAGGAGCUGAACGCCAUCAACGAGAAGGAGUUCAAGACGCUCGAGGAGAAGCUGCGCUCGGUCGGUAUCCCCAGCGAGUAA